CUUAGUACUUGGACUUUAAGCUCAACUUUAAAAAGGAGAAGCAUGUGGAAAGCAAUGUACACAGGCAAUGUACACUGAAAAAAAAAAGAAAUUCUUGGCCCCGUAACAACUCACUUUGGACCUUUAACAAGUAAUUAUCUAAAAUCUCUGUUGUGUUUUGUUACAAAAAAGCUAAUUACAUACUUCAUUCUUGAGUUGAGACUGACAGGUUAAUCUGUAUUCGUGACUUCUCCUAGUUAUCAGCCCCACUUUCAAAUCCCUCAAUACCAUGUGCUGGCAAAUUACUUUCUGGCGUACAUCUAGAGGUCCCCCUUGUGGCUAAAAUACCUUGCAGCCUGUCAAUUAGGUAGCCCCAUUCAAAUUUGCAUCAGACGGUCCCCAGCCAGUCAAUCCAGAAACUCAAGAAUCAAUGCCAGUCUUGCCAUUAGAUCACUUCUCCCUCAGCGAUAUGGCAGACUCUCUGGCCAGGCUGUGUCAUCUCCCUCCAAAGACUACUUCACAGUCUGUCAAGGAGCGAGGCAAGUGGGGUAGCAAAAAGGAGUUUAUUCUGUCUGUGGCUGGAGCUAUUAUUGGACUUGGAAAUGUGUGGAGGUUUCCAUAUCUGUGCUACAAGAAUGGUGGUGGUGCAUUCUUCAUUCCUUAUAUCCUAUUCCUUGUGACCUGUGGCAUUCCUCUGUUCGUCCUGGAAACAGCACUGGGCCAGUAUACCAGUCAGGGGGGAAUCAUGUGCUGGAGGAAAAUCUGCCCCUUGUUCGAAGGCAUGGGGUUCGCCAGCCAAAUGAUCAUUUUCUAUGGAUGUAUCAGCUACAUUGUGAUUUUAGCCUGGGCCUUUCUUUACUUUUUCUCCUCCUUCUCCGGAGAGUUGCCAUGGGCCACCUGUAAUAACACAUGGAAUACAGAUGCUUGUGUGGUAUUAAACCACUAUAAUGCCACUUUCAACUUGACCUCACCUUUGAAUUCAUCAUCAUCUGUUACAGAGUUUUGGCAACGACGGGUGCUAAAUAUAUCCACCGGCAUAGAGACGUUGGGAAACGUACAUUGGGACCUUUCUUUGUGCCUUCUUCUGGCCUGGGUCAUCUGCUACUUCUGUGUCUGGAAGGGAGUGAGAUCCACAGGAAAGGCCACCUACAUCACAGCUACAUUCCCCUUCGUCAUGUUAGUGGUGCUGUUUCUGAGAGGAAUGACCCUUCCAGGAGCCUUUCAUGGUAUCAAGUACUACCUGUAUCCCAAUCCUGAACGUUUGGCCGACCCACAGGUUUGGAUGGAUGCUGGAACCCAGAUAUUUUAUUCCUAUGCCUUAUGUUUGGGAUGUCUGACUACACUCGGGAGCUACAACAAGUACAACAACAACUGCUACAGAGACUCCUUCUAUCUUUGCCUGUUGAACAGUGGGACCAGCUUUAUCUCUGGCUUUGCCAUUUUCUCUAUUCUGGGCUACAUGUCACAAAAGCAGGGUGUCAAUAUUGCUUCAGUUGCUGAGUCAGGGCCUGGCCUUGUGUUCAUAGUCUACCCACAAGCUGUGACCCUUCUGCCGUGGCCUCAGCUCUGGUCCGUGUGCUUCUUUAGCAUGAUCAUCUUGUUAGGAAUAGAUGGCCAGUUUGCUGGGCUUGAAAGCAUCAUGACCUCUUUAGCAGAUAUCUACCCUUCCCAGAUCCGAAAAGGAUAUCGCAGAGAGCUUCUUCUGAUGCUGAUCUGUUCUCUUUGCUAUCUAUUUGGCCUGUUCUUGGUGUCAGAGGCUGGCGCAUACAUUCUGCAGAUUUUUGAUCACUAUGUAUGCAGUGGUCCCACUCUUCUUCUGAUGGCAAUCUUCCAGUCAGUGAUUAUUGGAUGGAUUUAUGGUGCUGAACGCUUCUAUGACAACAUUGAGGACAUGAUUGGGUACAAACCUCUACCACUGAUCAAGUACUGCUGGCUCUAUGCUACCCCUGUUAUUUGCAGUGGAACACUUGUAUUUUUGCUCCUGAGAUACACACCCAUGAAGUUCAACAACUCCUAUGUGUACCCUUGGUGGGCAUACUGGAUCGGUUGGUUUCUGGCCAUGUCAUCUCUUUCUAUGAUUCCAGUCACUAUGAUCUGCAAACUGGCCAAAGGAAAAGGGACACUCUGGCAGCGUCUCAAGACAAUCUCCCAACCUGCCAAUGAACUUUCAGUGGUGUCAAAGGAACUGGCGAGCAUCAGUACUCCAAUGCAUGUCCUCGAUGAUGGAAAAAACAGCAAUGUUUGAUGAAAUGCCAAUCCUUUGAAAUUAAUCUUUAUUUUUUAUUUUUAAAAACAUAUAGAGCAGGUUGUUUACUA